CGAAAGCUAGUAAUAAAUAAAUAAUGUGUCAGUGGGCGGAGCGCGGCUCGCCGAACAAGAUGCGCAUCAGCGCGCAGAGCGGGCGUGCCUGGACGGAGAACCCCGACCACCCGCACUACCAGGCCGCCGCGCGCGCCACCAAGCUCAUCUACCAGACUGAGCCGGACAUGUCCCGCGAGGGCGGGUCCAUCCCUGUGACGAUAACGCUGCAGGAGGCGAGCGGCCGCAACGUGCUGCUGCUGCCGAUG